AUGCCAGAGGUAGGAGUAUGCAAUUACAUUGGAACAGAAGGGACCAGUUCAGACAAGCUACCAUCACAUAUUGAUGACUUAUUUAACAGAAGUAUUGUACAUUUACAAGAAAAAGAAAACCGAUACCUGAAGGAACUUCUUCAGGCAUACUCAGACGUUUUUGCAAAAUCAGCGGAUGAUAUGGGGAGAAACUUUCAAGCCGAUAUUUUCCAGAGAAUGUGCAAUCUAUUAGGCAUUCAUAAAACCCGAACUACGAGUUUCAGACCACAAUCCAACGGUGGUGUGGAACGUUUCAAUAGAACACUUGCCUCUAUGUUAUCGAUGUACUGUAAACAAAAACAAGAUCAAUUGGACCAGUAUCUACAACAGGUGAUGAUGGCAUACAGAUCUUCCGUACAUGCAUCUACUUCAAAGACACCAAAUGAUAUGCUCUUUGGAAGGGAGGUAACUUUACCGCUGCAGGCUGUGAUCCCACAGCCAGAUACUGAAAUUCAAGAAAACCGGUUACCAGAUGACUAUGUGGCACACCUACAAAAUAAAUUAAAAGAAAAUCAUGCAUUUGCAAGGAAAGCACUCAAAAAGAUCUCUAUAUAUCAGAAAAAGAGAUAUGAUCUUAACGCCAAGAAAAGAAUCUUUAAAAGGGGGGAAGCUGUUUGGAUUUACGACCCAAUAAGGAAAAAGGGAGUAUGCUCAAAACUCACACCUAAAUGGAAAGGACCAUUUAUAAUUGAAAAGAGAAUAGAUGAUGUUACUUACUGA